CGGGAUUCCUGAGGAUUACCCAUCAUGCCCCGCGGGUAAAGAUGGCGACAUCUGAGUGGAGAAGAUCAACUUUAUCCUCCCGGCUCUGAGCGCUUCUCCUCCCGGACGCCUUGCUUCUCCUCCCGCUUCCCGCCGCCGCUACCUGUCCGAAUCCUCCGCCGAUGGACCGCGGCCUCUUCCUUGCCUCCGAUCAGAGCGUAGCCCCCCGUCCUCCCUCCCUCUCCCCCCCUCUCCUCGCCCCGGCAGAGCAGCGAGGCAGCGGCUAAAGUUUCCUCUCGUCUCCGCUCUCCGGGGGCUUGUUGGCGGAGAUAAGCCGAACCGGGCCGCGCUGAGGCCGUCUCAGGUUGUCAGAAGCCUGAGGCUCACAUGUCCAGAGGAGACGAGGACGAGGCUGUGGACUGACUGAGACACAGGAUGAAGAGUUUUCUGUGGUGACGUACGAAGGCGGACACAUCGACAGGAAGUAAACCAGGAAGGAAAUCACGUCCAGGAUGACGAGUGCCGCUCCAGCCAGGAAGCCGUACCGCAAGGCUCCCCCACAGCACCGCGAGAGCCGCCACGCCAUGCCUGUUGCUCCGCCCCCACCUGCACUGCAGCCCGAUAUCAAUCAGGUAAACAAACGCACGUUAAACACAACUCCACCCUCAUUUCAGCAACUUGUCCACUUCCCGGCCGCCGUGAAACGCUCGCAGGACGCUGGUCCACGAGACGGUGUCCUGGCAUCUGAGCUCUUGCAGUCGGACACUGAGCUGGACGUCUCUAGUCUGUCCAGUCUGGAGAUCUGUGUUCCACUGCAGCUCAACUCCAGGAGCCAGGACUGCCGACCAAACCGCACAAGGACCAGAGUAGGGGGUGCCUCGGCAGCUGACCGCAGUUCCUCAAGUCCUCACCAUCCCUUGAGUCCUCACCGUACCUCGAAUCCUCGCCGUCCCUCAAGUCCUCGCCGUACCUUGAGUCCUCGCCGUCCCACAAGUCCUCGCCGUACCACAAGUCCUCACUGUACCUCGAAUCCUCGCCGUCCCUCGAGUCCUCACCGUACCUUGAGUCCUCGCCGUCCCUCGAGUCCUCGCCGUACCUUGAGUCCUCGCCGUCCCACAAGUCCUCGCCGUACCACAAGUCCUCACCGUACCACAAGUCCUCACCGUCCUUCGAGUCCUCACCGUACCUUGAGUCCUCGCUGUACCGCGAGUCCUCGCCGUACCACAAGUCCUCACAGUACCUCAAGUCCUCGCAGUGCCUCAAGUACUCACCCUACCGCCAGUCCCCGCUGUGCUUCAAGUCCUCUCAGUCCCACAAGUCCUUGUCGUGCCUCGAGGACUACAGGAAACCACUCUACCUCUGAUUGCGGCUUCGCAGCAACACGGAAACAGACACAGUCUGGUACCUGGACUCAGAGCGCUGCCCCUCCGAAGGGUAUCCUGAAACAGCCGACCUCACCGAUCGGGGAACACACCUAUGAUGUCAUCAAAGAGUCAAAAUCAGUGGAACUGUUGGACGAUGAACGAGGACGUUGCAGUGCUAACCUUCCAACUCGCUUCAUAGAGUGGGCGGAACAGCGGGCGUCGGCUUCGCGGCGCUCAUCCUUGUCGCCGUCGCCCGUGAAGACAGACUGGAACUGGAAGAUGCAGGUUCUGGAGGAAAAAGUCCGCUUCUCCAACUUUCUGGAUGAGAUCACCUGCCGGGUAAUGAGCCCCGCCCACCUCACUCUACUGGGAAGGUCACCCUCCAGAGAGGCAGGAAGCCCCACCCCUCAGCGCAGACAUUCUAGUCUCUGCCCCUCACUCAGGAAGCAGCAGAUGGACCGGGGUCAGCGCUGGGAUGACUGGGUGGCGGCGCUGCAGCGACCUGACGGAUGGUACCGGCUCCUGCAGGGGAAGGGGGUGGGGCAGCAGGGUGACAUUACAGAGGAGGUGGGGCCCAAAGAGGAGGUUUUAAGGUUUAAUCGAGGAGUAAAUGUGGAGAUUGAGGAGAACAGAUACCCCGCCUCCAAUCUGUCUCUGCUGAGCCACAUCAAGGAGGUUUUAUCAGACUCUGACAGGAUCAGAAUCCUCCAGCAGCAGAAUGAGGACCUGCGGCGCCGCCUCUCUCUCUCCACACACAAGAUGGAGGCCAUGGAGGCGGAGUUUGAUGGCAGCCGUCACUACAUGGAGGCGGAGCUCAGCCGCACCAGAGACGACCUGGACAAGAUGAGGGACAAGUUCCGCAGACUCCAGAACAGCUACACAGCGUCACAGAGAACAAACCAGGAUCUGGAGGAGAAACUUCACGCUCUGGCUGCCGUCAGUCAGACAUGGGUUCAUGCACUACGGAAGGUGGAGAGGGACAAAAAGACGAUGGACCUGGAGAUCGUGGAGCUCACCAACAAACUGCUCGACGCCAAGAACACCAUCGACCGCCUGGAGGAGCUCAACGAGCGUUACCGUCAGGACUGUAACUUGGCCGUUCAGCUGCUCAAAUGCAACAAGUCACAUUUCAGGAACCACAAGUUUGCUGAUCUGCCGUCUGAGCUUCAGGACAUGUUAAAUAAACACAUGAAGAGCAGCCUGCCAGAGGGAAGCCCCGCCCCCGGCGCUCAGGACCCGGACACACUCAGUCUGACUCCCGCCGAUGUUGUGCCGACCUCCGUCAUCGCCCGCGUCCUGGAGAAACCCGAGCCGCUGCUCCUGAACUCCGCCCAGUCCAGCAGCUGCGGCCGGCCAAUCGCCGAAGACGUCUUUGUGCACGUGGACAUGACGGGCUCCGCCUCCUCCUCCGCCGCCGCCGCCGCUGUAGCUGAGCACUGGGAGAACGGGGGCUCUCAGGAGGUCUCGCAGCAGAACGGCUCGUGUCGCAGUCAGAGCAGCCUGGACGCUCAGUUGGGCGGCGAGGAGGCGGUUGCCGCACCGUCCUUUGAGAAGCUGAAUCCUUACCCGCCGCCGCCGCCGCCUCACCCGCCUCACCCGCUCUACCCCGGCCGCAAAGUCAUCGAGUUCUCGUCGGACGACAAAGUGAAGAUUCCGAAAAACUCACCGCUGCCCAACUGCACGUACGCCACGAGGCAGGCCAUCUCUCUGAGCCUCGUCCAGAACGAGGACGAGCGCCCGCCGCCCGCCAGCCCCGUCCCCUCCUCGUCCUCGGGCGGAGGGUUCGCGAGCCACCAGCGCACGCCGCCGUCGCACCGGGGCCUUGCCAGUGAGCCGCAGUCCAGCCAGUCCAGCCCCUUCAGCAGCCCGCCACAGGCGCCCAGCGUGCUGGCAAGCUCCGGCAGCUCGGAGGAGGAUCUCCUGGCAAACUGGCAGCGGAUGUUUGUGGAGAAGAUGGCGCCGACAUGCGACACUUCCCUGGUUCAUCGCACGUCGUUCAGCAGUCACGCGGCACAGGACCUGCAGAGGCGGAGACAGCCGGGGGGCGGAGACUCCUCCAAACACCACAGCGCUGCAUACUCGGACGGUGAGGAGGGGUCGUCCGCGAGGAGCUGGACGCCGAGCCGCGGCUCCAGCCUCGACACGGACACCGACACGGAGCCUCGGUCCGGCAGGAGGGGGCGCUAUGGCGGCAACAGCUCGGUGGAAGAGGGCGAGCGUCUGCUGAACCUGGAGGACGACUGUGGGAGCGAGGACACGGCCGUCACCAUGGCAACUAGCCCCGCCAACACCCGAGGGGAGGAGUUCGACGAGGAGGAGGAGAGCUCGGCCGAGGAGAGGGACGUCCUCCCCCACGACCUGCCCUCCAUCUCGCCCCGCCUCCUGGAGUUUGACCCCGCCCUGGCCGGCCCCGCCUCCUCUCAGCGGCCUCUGAAGAGUCCAAAGAGGAUGGGCGUGCACCACCUGCACCGCAAAGACAGCCUGACCCGCGCCCAGGUGCAAGGCACACUGUUGGACUGAUGCCCGUCUGCCCACCCACACUGUCUCCAUGGCAACUGACCCACCCAUCAAGGGUCAGAGGCCACACCCAUCCAGGAAAUAGCCAUACUCUUCUACCGUAUGCUGCAGAGCUCGCUGUGUGUGUCUGUGUCUGUGUGUGUGUCUGUGUGCGUGUGUGUGUGUGUGUCUCUGUGUGUGUGCGUGCGUGUCUGUCUGUGUGUGUCUGUGUGUCUGUGCGUCUGUCUGUGUGUGCGUGCGUGUGUGUUUGUGUGUGUGUGUGUGUGUGUGUGUGUGGGUGUCUGUGCGUCUGUGUGUGUGUGUGCGUGUGUGUCUGUGUGUGCAUGUCUCUGUGUGUGUGUAGAAACUUAACGGACGUCUUUGCCUUGUUUCCUGACCGGAGCUUUUGUUUUGGAAAAAACAAUCCAUAUACACACCCUCACACACACACACGCACACACACACACAGUGCCUACCACUCUCUCUGGGAAAGGUUGCGAGUGUGAAGCCAGGCCUGCAGAGCCUAAGACUUUUAUUUUGACAUCAUGAAUCGUUGAUUUCCUGUUGUGGAGGGUAAUUUAGUCACUUGACCUUUGAACCUAACUAAUACCACGACCACCACUCUGACUGUACCUGCAGGGGGUGGGGCUGACUGGGGGCGGAGCUUCCCUGCUUUCAUCUGGAAUGUAAACAUCAACAUUUCAGUUUGUUUUUUUUCCCGUUUGAUUUUUGUCGUUUAAAAAUGAUUUUACUGUUUAAUUUGUUUUAGAUUUAUUUAGUCGUGGUUUUGUUCAUGUGGUCGUACGGAGGCGUGUUAGCGCCCUCUUAUGUCAGAACAGUUUCUCUUAGCUAACGCUAACAAGACUCCUUCACAGUAAAACAUGUGGAGGAGCUUUUAUUGUGAAAGCCUCCGUACACCUCAUCACAGCCCUGAUUGUGACUCACCGAGGACCAAUGACUGUGAUCGAUCGGCUGAUUGAUUAAUGGAGUAUGGAUCCUGUUGAUGUUUGUGUUGAUCAACGAUUCUUAGUCUUAACCAUGAACAGAUUAUUGACGAGCACCAAUCACAGAACCACAGGUGCAUGCUGGGACACUGGGAUUAAAAAAAAAGUGAGGGUAAUUUCACUUGAAUGUGGAACAGCACCCCCUGCAGCCACAGGUGGUUACAGCUGUAUCACUGAGAUCAGGCUACAUUUAGAAUGAGCUUCAACUAUAAAGUUUAAAAACAACAACAGUGAACACUGAUGAUGACUCAUGUGUGACAUCAUCACCGUUUCCAUGGAAACAUGAAGCGAGCAGCAGCACUGAAUUAUUAAAAUGGUUUUAUUCAGAGACACACGAACGCGCCGCACUCCUGUCGCUAAUGCUAAAUUAUGAAUGUCCUUUCACUAUGUGUGUGUGAGAGAGACUCUUCAUGCAUAUAAUUAAAGAUGUCCACACGUUACCUCAUUUCAGACGAGGUCACCUUCAUCCCUCCUCUACGGUGGCCUAGAAGUGGAAACCAUUACAAAAAAAGCAUUGUGCGGGCCCUCGCAGCCGCUGCCCUGCCAGCAGGUGGCACUCUGCCCUUUACUCAGUUUCCAUGUGCUCACAGCAAAGUUAAAGGUCACUUCCCGUUUCCUGGCAAAAUGACGGCUAAAUUCAAAAUGGCUGACUUGCUGUUGGGUCGAGCUCAGACCAGUUUGUUCAUUUACGAAACGUGUAAAUCACCAAGAUGGACGCCAUAUUCAAAAUGACAGACUCAAAGCCUUGGUCCCAACAGACUUGUUGUUUGUCUUGGUCUGGGGUUUCCACCAAGUUCCAUGAAAUUCGCUAAAACUUGGUUUCGGCUUUGUCCUCCUGGGUUUUACCUUAGAGGGCGCUACCGAGCCAUUUUGCAACACUUUUAGGUUAUUAAUCUUAUUUUGUCAAAUAUUUCAUCAGCUCUGAUUGUGUCAAGUUGCGAUAAAUCAAUCAAUCCAGGAAUCCGUGUCUGGUGAGACACGAUCUGUGUUUGGUGAGUCAGCAGAUUUUGUGGCACUUCCAGGCCACUGUACUCCUCCUGACCAUGUUCACUCUGAAUGAAUGUAGGUCAUGUGAACCGUGACGUUGUCCAAUCACAAAAACGGUGAAAGGUAGCAUUAGCUCCGCGGUGGCGUGUGCGUGUCCCAGCAUGCAUGAGAAAACCUUAAGUGUCGCUCGUGCUGUGUUCAAAUCACGUGGGAUUUUUACCCACAUUCACGUUAAACUUUAAUCAGCAUUAUAUAAGUGGAUUAUGAUCCGCGAUGACACAGCGUUUAUUGUAAUUAUUAAUGAGAUAAAAAUUAUAACAUGUUCUGAUGUUGGUGCUCAUGAACGCAGCAUUAGCGCAGUGUUCAUUUCAUGCUGCCUUCAAAUGACCCUCAUCAGCUCCUGUAGCGAUUGAAACAUGGAUGCUAACAACAAUGCUACCCAUGCUAUCAAAGCUAUAGAGGCUAAGUAUUAGCUAGCUAGCUGAAAAAAUAUAUAAAAUGCCAGGAGGAGUGGCCCCGUUAUUGAUGCGCAAGCUCAUCUGAAGGCAGCAUUAGCUCAAAGCUAACUAUAGCUACAUUAGCUAGCUUUAUGAAGACAGUAGCUGAUAGCACCUGGACCUUAAGUGACUAAUGCUAAGGAAUUAGCUUCUAAGAGCUAAUGUUGUGCUAGCUCAUUUUAGACUGCAAGUGUUAGCUCAUUAGCUAGAAAACAAUGAUUUGGAUCAGAGCUAAUUUAUUUUUGCAUCUGUGUCUCAGGCUAAGUUGCUAGUUCAUAAGAUAAUCACUGCAACAUGUGACUAGAAGUUAGCAUUAGCAGAUUUAAACGCUAAAUUACACAGCAGAAACAAGCUGUACCAAUUGUAAACCUGCUAGCUAGCCCAUUAGCUUGUAUAACAAGACUUGUAUUAUCACGCUAAUGGUAAUUAGCCUGAUAAUUAGCCUCAUUAUCCUAUAUAACGAGACACUAAUGAUGCUAAUGUGUUAGCACUUGCCUAGUGGCUAACCUAACAUUGCAGGUUAGCUGGCUAAGCUAACAGCUGUUAGCCUCAAACAUGGACUCUGAUGGAUGAGCGCUUGUUUUCUUCACAGUGGAAUGUUAUUGAAACAGAACUGUCGGAUUACUGUAACCCCACCUCCUCUCACAGGUGCUGUCACUCACUCCGAGGUCGUCAUCUGUUUCACUUCCUGUUGGGAAUUUAAAAAAGUUAAAAAAAAAAAAUAGGAAAAAAAAAGACUGUUAAACUUUAUUUUCUGAAUUUGUAACUGAAAAAUAUUUUAAAUCAAAUAAAAAUAUUUUAAACGCAA